AUGGGAAGCGGUUCAUCGAGCCACCAAAAUCAGGAUAUGAUGGAUCAUCACCAUCAAUAUCCCGAUAUGAAUAUGAUUUUUAAAGGAAUUCCUAAAAUGAUUCAGUGCAAAAUGUUUUAUGUGGCCGAUGACAUGCAUCGAAUGACGGACUAUAUAAUGGACCUUCGGAAUAUGACGUUUGGUCUGGUGAUCAUCUCAGUGAUCGGCGUGUGCUGUUUCCUCCUUCUUCGCCUCUUGCAAGGAAGAAGCUCCCAUCGACGUCGAAAACGCUCCAUAUUGCGACAGGUGACCAAUGAUGUUCGUCUGUUUACGUUUUACUGUAAAAAACCAUGGCUGAGCAAUAACAUUGGGCUGAACGUGUAG